GACCACAAGUCCAAUUUCACUGUCGAACCCAAAACCUCUUCCGACUCUCGCCUGUCGUAUAAAACCUCGCCUUGACGAGAGAUCUCGGAGCCGAAGAAGAAAAACCGAAAUCUCUCUCGACCUCGUGCGUCACCGCUGUGCCACCCUAGAGAUAUGGCGGCACAGGCUAAUGGUCACCCUGCUGAGCCUGAUCCGAUGGAGGUGGGGAAUGCCUUCGUCAAGCAAUAUUACCCUAUGCUGAUUAGCUCCCCGGAUCAUGUUCAUAAGUUCUACCGGGAAGGAAGUGAAGUGAGCAGGCCUGGCCCCAAUGGUGAGAUGACCUCCGUCACCACCAUGCAGGCAAUUAAUGAAAAGAUUCUUUCCCUGAAGUAUGACAAGUACAAAGCGGAGAUCGCAACUGCAGAUGCUCAGGCUUCCUUUGAAGGAGGAGUCUCUGUUCUAGUGACUGGCAUCUUAACGGGAGAGGAUGCCGUCAGGAGGAUGUUCACUCAGUUCUUCUUCUUGGCCCCGCAGGACACGGGCUAUUAUGUCCUGAAUGACAUGUUCAGAUAUGUGGAGGGAAUAUCUGCUACCCCGAUCUCUAUUCUACCAAGUGGUGAUAUUGUUGAAGCUCCGGAAGCUCCUGCAAUCCCUGAACCUGAGGUUUGUGAAAAAUCCGCGGUGGAAAAUGUGCCCGUGCCCGUGCCCGUGAAGGAAGACCUUCCCAAUGGGAAAGAGUCUACUUCAGUUGUGGAACAUGGGAAGGAUCCAGUCACUGUGAAGGAGAUUGUUAUUGAGUCCCCUGCUGAGUCGAGUCCAAAUGAUGCUUCCUACCCAGCUACUGUGGCUUCUCCUCCAGUCGUCCAAGGAGACGGUACCAAGAAGUCCUUUGCAUCAAUUGUGAAUGCUCUGAAAAACAACUCUGCUCCAUUCCAUGUAAGGGCUUCACCCGUUAAAGUCGUGGAGAAGCCCCGUGCACCUGCUGCUGCACCUGAAGCCCCUGUCCAACCUAUUCCUAAUGGCAACAGUGCAGCAGAAAAGAUCAGCAGUCCAGCAGUGAAACGUCACUCUAUCUUUGUUGGCAACUUGCCUCUCGAUGCUACCCCAGCACAGCUCGAAGGAGCUUUCAAGAAAUUCGGUGCUAUCAAGCGUAAUGGCAUUCAAGUCAGAAGCAGUAAGGGUUCAUGCUAUGGCUUUGUCGAGUUCGAAUCUGAGAGCUCUGUCCGGGCCGCGCUUGAGGAAUCUUCAAUCCUGAUUGGACAUCGGACAGCUCACAUUGAAGAGCAGAAGAAUGAUGGUGGUGACAAGGGACGGGCCCCGCAAGGUAGAGGUGGGUUCCGCAACGAUAACUUUAGGGGCCGCGGCAACUAUAAUGGCAGCCGAGGCUAUGGAAGGAAUGAGUUUGACAAGAAGUUUGAGUAUCGCAAUGGUCGCAAUGGCGGGGCAUACAAUAGGGAGUAUCAGAACAGCUCAGGGAGGACACCCCGACAGGUAGUCAAGGAGUGAGGAAGAGGAGGAUAUAUAUAUUCUAGGGGUUUUGUACUCCCGUUGGAGUAAAAGUUUUCUCUGUCUCUUAAUUUAGGAGGAAUUCGGGUUGUUAAGGUGGCUUUUUCGGAUUUUUCGAUUUUAUUCUUAAGAGGCUAUCGAUUUAAUAUUUUAGUGGAUUUUUCCAUAAGAUGUCUCCUGUUUUUGUGAUGCUAGAGGGCAGAAAAUUCUCCCCGUGUAACAGAAAUAAUUCUUCUAGCAUUUGCUUCUACUAAUGUUAGCCCCGGGGUUCUGUACCCUCUCAUGUCUUCCGUGAA